AUGCUCAAAACUUCUGGAGAAGGCCCUUGCUCAGCGUUGUCCAGCAAGAAUUCAGCAGCUGGUCCUGAUGGCCGAGCAGGGCAGGGAGUCAAGGCUAUUGCUGACCCAAACCUUAUGGACAGGGCUCAACCCUUAAGUGACCAUGCCAAGGCUUUUGACGCAGUAUUCUUCAUAUCGGCGAACAGUGAAAAGGACAAAGGCGUUUAUGUGAUCGCUGGCUGCGAGCGAAGACCAUUAGGCAUGUGCAACGGACUGUUUUACAUCGGACUUCCGAAAAAAGGUCUACUAUGUAGUAAAAAGAUACCUGAUACAGUUUUAUUUGGAGCAGAAAUCGGAGAGUUUGGAGCUGAAGGUAUUAAGAUAAUCCCAGUGACUCCUAUGGCGAAAUGGACCAUCUCUUAUAAAGGACAGAUGUGGUACCAAAACGAUCCAAGCAAGAUGGUGGAAGUGGAUUUCUUCGGAGAAUGGAAUGCGACCUCCAGGUAUUUCGACUUCGACAGUGACCUGCACCCUCCGGCCAUCAUCAAAUCAAUAGCUCUUGAGAAAUGGAGCCGAGAAUAUUUUGAAAAUCUUAAAACAGCACACCAGUCCCAUUACGAGCAGUUUGGUUCAUUGAAAUGCAAAUUCAAGAUUGAAAACGAAUCCUUUGAAUACACCCUUCCUUCCUUCAGAGAUCAUAGUUUUGGUCAGAAACGCGACUGGACUCUGAUGCACAGAUACGCCUUCCACCACAUCUUCCUGGAGAAUGGCUCCAAUAUCAGCGUAGGAGUCGUCUGUCAGCCCUCUACGGCUUCUAUUUUGGAACUCGGUCAGAUAGCCCUACCAAACGGUGAGGUGUUGCCAAUAAAAUGGGUGGAUCUAAAGCUCUAUCAACAUGGGGAAAGUGGAACUGCUCCAAGGGAUUAUGCGUUCACAUUCGCCGCUGGAGACGAAGAGUAUACUGUUCAGGUUCUUGUUGAGUAUGAGUCUAUACACUACGUGUCUUCAGACUGGGAUGCGCGAAUGGUGGAGAGAUUCUGCAAGUUCGUCGUGAACAACAUACCUGGACGUGGAGUCUCCGAGUUCCAUUACAGACACAAGGAUGGAAGACCAGAAUCCGUCGCCAAGGACGACCCUGAAUGGAAAUUCACUAUGGAUUUCGACGCCAUAUUGGAAGACGUGGGUCAGUUUGGAAGGUACCAAAAGAUGGUCAUCUAUCUCAUUCUGCUUCCUGCGGUAAUCCCAUGCGGGUUCCAUGCGUACGCACAGCUGUUCAUGGCUGCCCAUGUGGAACACUGGUGUCGGGUCCCCGAACUUGAUAUCAUAUCGGAUGUUAGUCUAGCCAAGAAUUUAAGCAUCCCAAUGGAGCUAAAGAACGGUCAGUUACAAUACUCGGAGUGCACUAUGUACAAUCUGAACUACAGCGAAAUCGCGAAGAAUUAUCAGGCUCAUCAGGGAGGUCUCAAGAGCACAACAACGGAGGUCAUUCCUUGCAGAAACGGAUGGACUUACGAGAAGUCCGUUUAUAAGAGUACUGUGGUCACGGAGUGGAACCUAGUGUGCCAUCGAGACUUCUACCCGACGCUGGGCCUGGUCCUACUAGCUGUCGGAGGCAUUAUUGGCAACUACAUCUUUGGUUACCUACAAGACACCUUUGGAAGAAAACCUGCUUUUUUCAUCUACCUCCUAAUAGAGUGUAUUUUUGGAGUGGCCACUGCAUUCGCACAGAACUACGUUAUAUGGUGCAUCUAUAGGUUUGGCGUGGGUUUCACCGUGCCUGCUAUUAUGACUACGCCUUACGUUUUAGCAAUUGAGCUGGUGGGACCACGUAGCAGGACGCUUUGUACCAUUCUAUCCAACAUCGCUUAUUCCACGGGUCUCAUUUUACUUGCUGGAGUGGUCUACUUAGUGAGGGAUUGGCGUCAUCUCGCUCUGGCUACUACAUUACCCUUCGUUUGCUUCUUUCUAUACCUUUGGCCAAUGCCCGAAAGCCCGCGCUGGCUUCUGGCGAGAGGAGAGUUCGAGAAAGCUGAAGUCAUCUUGAGGAACAUUGCCCGGAUAAACGGCAAAUCCCUACCAGCUAACUAUAUGGUGCAGCUACAUCGCAAAUACGAAACGGAUAAAUUAAAACAAAACAUUGAAAAGUCGAAAACUAGGAAAUAUGGCAUUCUGGACUUGUUCAGAACCCCCAAUUUGAGGAAGAAAACCAUAAUCAUUACUUUUAUAUGGUUUACCAACACCAGUGUUUAUGUUGGUUUAUCCUAUUAUGCUCCAGUUUUAGGUGGGGAUGAAUUUCUAAAUUUCUUUUUGGCUGGAAUUGUGGAGUUGCCCACCUAUCUGUUCCUGUGGCCCUCCAUGGAAAGGCUGGGAAGAAGGUGGACCUUAUGCAUGAGUAUGGUAGUCGGAGGAAUAGCUUGUUUAACAACAUUUUUGGUACAACACGAAACUUACGUCACCUUAGCUCUGUACUGCGUUGGCAAAAUGGGUAUAUCAUCUUCCUUCGUAGUGUUACCUCUGAUGGCUUCAGAAUUAUAUCCGACAGUGGUUAGGGGCCUUGGUAUGAGUCUCAGCUCUGUGCUUGGCAUGUUGGGCCCAAUCUUUAUACCACUCGUCAAUUAUUUGGGUUCCGAUAUAAUGGUCCUUCCAUUAAUUAUAAUGGGCGCCUUGCUAGUGGCAGGAGGAAUAGCAAGUUUGUUAUUGCCAGAAACAUUGAAUCAACAUUUACCUCAAACUUUAGAAGAUGGAGAGAAAAUGGGACUCGACACAGAUUUCUGCUGUAAUCCACCUGUUAGAGAAACUAAUACGAAACAAGAAGGGAAAGAAAUUAGCCUGGAACAAAGUACUUGUAACGCUUGUAAUGCAUUGUGUUCAUGUCAAAUGGUCAAUGUCUCUUUGGUAGAUAAUAUCGCAGCUGUUAUUGAAAAAGACAGCGAAAAAGUUGACUUUAUUACUGUAAAAUAGUUAUUGUGCAUAUUUUAUUAAUCUUCAG